AUGUUGUCAAGAGUCACUAGACGUGCGUUUUCGUCCACUAGAAUCAGCCCAUAUAAAGUUACCGUGUUGGGUGCAGGUGGUGGUAUCGGUCAGCCACUUUCACUGCUGUUGAAAUUGAACCAUAAGGUCACAGAUCUGAGGUUGUACGAUCUAAGAGGUGCAAAGGGCGUGGCUACAGAUAUUUCGCAUAUUCCUACUAAUUCGGUGGUAAAAGGGUUCACGCCGGAGGAAAAAGACGGUCUGCGUAAUGCAUUGGACAGCACAGAUGUUGUUUUGAUCCCAGCUGGUGUGCCAAGAAAGCCAGGCAUGACACGUGAUGACCUAUUUGCUAUCAACGCGAGUAUUGUACGCGAUUUGGCGUCCGCAACGGCGGAGGCUGCUCCAAAUGCCGCCAUCCUGGUCAUUUCCAAUCCAGUCAAUUCGACAGUUCCAAUUGUUGCGGAGGUUUUGAAGGCAAAGGGCGUUUAUAAUCCGAAGAAAUUGUUCGGUGUGACGACUCUCGAUUCCAUUAGAGCCUCAAGGUUUAUAUCGCAGGUUGAGAACACCGAUCCAACCCAGGAAAAAGUUAACGUUGUUGGUGGACAUUCGGGUAUAACCAUCAUUCCAUUGAUCUCACAAACUCAACAUAAGGGUAUGCCAAAGGACGUUAAAGAUGCUUUGAUCCACAGAAUUCAAUUCGGUGGUGAUGAAGUUGUUCAAGCUAAAAACGGGGGUGGCUCGGCUACUUUAUCUAUGGCGCAAGCGGGUGCUAAGUUUGCGAACGCUGUUAUGGCAGGUUUAGACGGAGAAGCUGAUAUCAUUGAAGCGACUUACGUUGAUUCCCCACUGUACAAAUCUGAGGGUAUUGAGUUCUUUGCUUCUCCAGUUACAUUGGGUCCUAAGGGUGUCGAGAAGAUUCAUCCUAUAGGUGAAAUUUCGUCCGAAGAAGAAGAAUUACUUGCCAAGGCAAAGGAAACGUUGAAAAAAAAUAUUGAAAAGGGUGUUGUUUUUGCCACCAAGAAAUAA